AUGGCUCUUGUGGCUGUGGCGCCUUCAAAGUUUAAAGACGUUUGGAAUCAACCAUUUCAACCCCCAAGACUGAAGGUUCUCAAGGAGCUUCAACAUGGCAACUUUGACUUUUCAAUUAGACGGCCAAGAGUCUUCAUUCCAAGUUCCAAGAUUCAAGCUUUUUUUACAAGGAGUUUCAAGCCAAUGGACGCUUCCUCUGAAGAUGGGCAAGAGUCCAUGAAGUCUCAAGCUUCAAACUUUCAUUGGAUUAUCUUCAAGUUGAGCCUUCAAGGUGGUUCAACAUGGAAGAUCAAUCAAGGUAAUUUGAAGGCAUGGGGAGGCAAAGUAUGGCGUAGCUCCGCAGAGGAGCUCUUUCGAACUCUCGCGCAGAUUCCUCCCGCCGAUGCCCACGGGAAGCCACCAUAUCCUCGCGUUUCAGAGACAUCCGCCAACAUUCACGAUUUGCUUGUAAAGAAAGUGCUCGCAUCGGGAGGCAUUCGCGAAUCAUCGUCGCGAGCUGACGACAUUGAUAGCGACGGCGACGCGUCUGCUAGCAAAUGGCGGUUCCGGAAGCCGUCGGUGACAUUUUCCGCAUUCCUCGCUCCCCGCGAGUUGCGCCAGCUCGCAGCAGCCGUCGGCUCGCUCGCCGGUCCGGAUCCGUCCAGCGCAGCCGCAGGGGGAGCUGCUGGCGGCGGAGCCACCUGCGCGAAAUCUCUCCGCAAGCAUCAUGACGCGUCCGCGCAUGUCUCCGCUCUCCCCGUGCUCAACCUCGCACUGGAUUACCUGCAGGCCAUUCCCGACCUGCUUCUAACCCACGCGGGUUCCCCCGCCUGCCGCGCAAUGCUCGCUUGCUGUCGCUCCGGCGCUCUCCGCGCAUUCCUGGCGGAGCUGCGCCGCUGCGCUUCCGCCGACCCGCGCGUCUUCGGCUCCCCCGUGGGGAAGGCGACGGCGGAGCUUCUGCUGGGCCUGGCGCGCUCGCACGACGCUUUCCUCGAAGCGUCCGCCAGCCCGUCGAGUCGCGACAGCACCAGUUCGGAUUCCGCGCUCACAGGCGGAACAGCCGCGCGCGCGUCCUCUGCGGGUGCGGACGUGCAGGCGGUAGUGGGGGAGGUGGUUCUGGCGCUAGCCCUGCACUGCAUCCCCGCGGGACUCGCGGAAGCCGGCGGAAACGAUGCGCCUGGCGGGGACACCGCGGAAAGCGACGGAAGCGCCGGUUCCGCAUUGGCGGAAGCACUGCAAGCUGUGUUCGACGCGUGGGUGAAGCCGCACGUGGCCGGGGGGAGCGUUGGCGCAGCGGGUUCCGCCGUCGCUCUGGGUAGAAGCGGCAGCAGCGGCGGAGGGGAAAGCGGGCUGGGGGGGGACGAUGCGGACGGACGCAGACCCUCAGCGUCAAGCGAGCAGCUGACGUCGCUGCUGACGUCAGGAACCGGAGCGGCGGGGGACGCGGGGCAUUUGUCUGGAGCGGAGGGGGCGGUGGAACUGGUGGGGGCGGUUCCUGUGGCUCCGUGGCGGCUGCAGCUGCUGGCAGGCGCGUUCAGGGUAGCUGCGGCGGUGGUGGGCGGGGAGGAUAAUGGCGCGCUUGCGGGGAAACGCGGAGGUGCAGCAGAAAGCGCGGGGGAGAAGGCUCUUGAGAGCGUGGUCGGCCAAUACGUCGCUGCCACGUCAGCUCUGCUGUCGAACUCAAUCAAGCUUUUGCAGCUGCGGAGGCAGGAGGCAGCAGGAAUGUCUUUAGCAGCUCGGGCAGAGGUUGCAGCGAGGCUGCACGCAGCGGAGUCAGCAGCAGCGUUUGCCACGUCAGCGGUGGAGGGAGGGCGGGCGUCGCUGCGAGUGGUGAAGGGCGUGAGGGCCCUGUGCCUGCAGGUGGCCGAUGCCUGCUCUAGAUCCGCCUGGCGCAAGAUUCCGGCCUGUGAGGAUCUCUUCUCAGCGGUGCUCUCAGCAGCGGCCAGGCUGGCAGUGCGGCAGAGCGAGGCGAGCGGGGCAGGGCGGGAGGACGCGGAGGCAGCAGCGCUGCAGGAGACGCUCCUGCCCAUGCGCUCCCUCGUGCUCGCCGCUGCCAUGCAGAGCCCCAUCCCUGCUGCUUCCCCCACGCCCAACCCCACCAUUCUCACUGCCAAGAAGAGGCGGGCGCCGAUGGUGGCGAGUGUGGUGGGGGCGUGCAGCGUGCUGCUGCAGGCCACGUGGGCCUCUGGCGACCACUCGCGAGUCAAGUCCUUCCUGCUCUCCCUCGGAUCCUACAUGCGCCAGCCGCCCUCCUCCCAGGACGAGCAGCAGCGGGCCAGCAUGGCAUGCCUGCGCUACAACCUGGCGCCCAUCCUAGUAGAGGUGGCAGCAGCGGCCAGGGGCGCUACAGCCGUGACAGCCGUGGUGCCCCUGCUGCUGGAGGCAGUCAGGGCUCCCAAGGAGGACCCCGCUAUCCGCCACGAGGUGCUGCGCGCGCUGGCAGCAGCAGCAGUGGCGGCGGCAGGCAUGGGGCAGGAGGGGCCGUAUCGAGAGGUGGCGGUGCUGCUGCUGUGGGAGUAUGGGCGCGAGGCAGGCGAGGUGCAGCCUCAGGUGGAGGUGCUGUCCUCCGUGCUGGCGCAGCUGGCCUCGGGUCUGUCCCGUCCAUCCUUGAGAGACGACUUCCUGCGUCGCCUGCUCGCCACCUGUGCUGAGGUGGCGCUCGCCACAGAGGCCGAGGGGGGCAGUCGAGGGGCAGAGCUUUUAGGCCCGUUGCUCCCAGCGGUGGCAGCAGCCUGUCGUCACGUGGACCCUUUACACCGUCCAGUAGACCCCUCCCUGCAGCGCCUCUUCCGCAACCUCUGCACUGCUGCUGCUUCUCCUGCUGCUGCUGGUUCUCCUGAUGCUGCUGCUGGGGGCCCUCCUGGGGUGCUGGCCACGUGCACCGGUGGUGGGGGAGGUGGCAAGGUGGUGGGGAGUGCGGAUGCCUUGACCAAGGGGCCGUAUGCAUGGCGGCCUGAGUGGGCGGCUGCUAUGCGGCUCAUCGCUGCUCAUACUCCUCCGCUGGCUGUGGGCGCCUUCUCCCGCCUCGAUGACGAGCUGGAACUCGCGGCGCUGCACCGCCCCGGCAGCCAGAGGGGCAGCGGCAACGAGCAGGCGGCCGUGAGGCAAAGGAACGUGCUGGGCGCGGCGUUGGGGUCAAGACUUGACGCGAGCGUCAUCAGCAGCAUCACUGGAGUGAAGGCGACCAAUCUGCUGUCCAUUGUGCUGCUCGAGUCCCUCCGCGUCUCUGCUGCCUCCGCGCUCGUCCCUGUCCCCGACACCACCCCCCACUCGUCCACCCGCGGAGAGGAGACCAGUCAAGGGGCAGCAGCAGGAGAGGCAGCAGGGGUGGUGGCGGCACGGCAGCGGUGGGAGGAGGGGAGUGAGAACCGCAGUGCAGUGACGUGUCUGCUGGAGUACAUUCAGAUGCCCAACCCCCGCGCUGCCGUGCGCCACUGCCUCUCUGCCGUCGUGCUUCGCGCCUUUGACGCUCUUCUCCUCGCCCUGGAGCACGAGCCCAGCGACACGGUGAGGCAGGCAGCCCUCUCAGCACACGGAUGCGCCCUCCUAGACGCUCUCUGGGACGGGCAGGAGUUUGUGCGAGACACAGCGCGCACCAUGCUCAGCCUGCUGCGCAAGGCCUUCCCGCACCUCCUCUGGCACCCGCGCUGCAUCCGCUCCCUCCUCCGCUUCCACCCGCCCCAGCACAUGCUCGCAUCCGUCGGAGAGGCUGCAGCAGAGGCAGCGGCAGGGGUGGGCGGGGGAGCGGGAGGAGGGGAGGGGGAGGAGGAGAUAGCAGAGGUGGCGUGGGACCCGGAGGCGGCUGCAGCGGCUGAGAGCCUGGCCAUGGAUGUUGCCAAGGACUGGCUCGCCACGGCAUUCCUCCUCGCGCCACUUGUCACGCAGGCAUUGGUGGAGGAGGUGCUGCGUGGUGGGGACUCGGAUCCAGAGUCAGUGGCCGGGCUGCUCAGUGUGCUCGCAGACAUCAAGCACCGGCCCCGAGGGUCAGCAGCAGACACCUCGCGGUCGCCGUUCACUCUAGCAGCACAGGCCACAGUGGCAGCAGCGCUCAAAGCCCACAGCAUGGGGCAGGUUGCUGGGCUGCUCUCCGCCCUCUCCUCCCUCCCUGCUGCCUCAACCGGCAUAACAAGCACAGCAGGCACAGCAGCAGGAGCAGUCACCUUUGGCACAACAGUGCUGGUGGAAGAGCAGCAGAAGGGCCAGCACAGAGGGCAACAGAAGGGGCAGCAGAGAGGGCAGGGCAGGAGGCGUCCGUCUCCCCAUCAGUCAGCUCUGGAGCUGCGUUUAAUUCACCUCCUGGCCCGCACGCCCCUGCGUUUCUUCACCCCGCAGUCCCUCCGCGCCUGCUGCCUCGCCUGGGCAUGGCUUCUCGCCGCCCUCCCCCGCCUCUCCACCCCUCUGCUCUCCCAAAUCGCAGCGGCGUGGGGGGAAACGGUGGCGGGGAGGAGAGGGGUGUUCAGAGCGGUGCAGGGGGAUGAGGAGGGGCCGCGGGGGUGGCUGCGGCCGCUGGUGGUGGGGGGGGUGCCGGAGGGGUUUUCGGACCACAAGGGGGAGGAGGCGCAGGCACUGGAGGAGCUGGGCGCGCAUGCUGCUUGGAUCACCUUCAUCUCAGACUAUGCUGCCGCGUCGCCUCGUGUGUUCUCGGCACGGUUGCUACGGGACCGGGCGCACAGAGCGGUGCUGAAGUGGUUCAGUGUGGACGCGGGCUACUUUGACGGGUGGCCCAGUGCACACAGGAGGCAGGCAGCCCUAGAUGAGAUGGCAGUCAUGGACGCCUUCAGCAAGGCGCUCGCGGAUGAUGAAACCAUGGAGGACGCCUUCUGGCCGCCGCCUGCUGGUGCCGAUGCCACCGCUGCCCUCUCCCCUGCGUCCCACCAGCAGCGCCAUCCAGUGUGGGGGGCAUUCUUCUCGCCGCACCGCUCGCAUGAAAGGCAGCAGCGGCGCCGCCUGCUGGCCCUCCUCACCGCCCACGAGGCCGAGUGCUCCGCCACCUGGGCCUUCCCCCUCGGUGUUGCGCCGGACGCUUCACGCACGGCAGCAGCAGCGGCGGCCACGGAUAUCCAGCGCAGCAGGGCGCGUGUCACAGCGUCGCUCUCGCCCAAUGACGUGCCGCCACUUGUGCGCGCAGCAUGGGCUGUCGACCCGCGAGUGGCCGUGUGCUUGGUGCAGCGGUUCCCAUCUGUCAAGGGCAUUCAGGACGACGUGGGGACGCUCAUCCGGUCCAUGCCGCUUCUAGUCCGAUCCUUACCCGAGGCUCUCAAAUGGGUGGUGACGCCGGCAGCAGUGCAGCAGGACUCGCCUCUGCUGCGCCUGCCUCUCCCCUACUGGGCGCCAUGCUCCGUGGCUGCCGUGCUCAACCUGCUGCUACCCGCCUUCAAGGGCCAUCCGCGCGUCAUGGCAUACGCGUUCAGGGUGCUGGAGGCGUACCCUCCUCCUACCGUCACCUUCUUCAUGCCGCAGCUUGUUCAAGCCCUACGAUACGACCACGAUGGGCUGGUGGAGUCGUACCUGCUGCGAGCUGCCCUGCGCAACAAUAUCUUCGCCCACAUCCUCAUCUGGCAGCUGCAGGGCGAGGAGGCAGAUCCUGAGGGGCAGCAGCCGCCAGCCCUCGAGUCCUCCAACGGCGUAGCAGCAGACGGAGGUGCAUCUGGUGAAGGUGCAACCAGUACAGCAGCAGCAGCAGCAGCAGCGACGAACAUCCUGUGGGCGAUAGUCCCGCGGGUGCGGCAGCGCAUCAUCGACAGCUUCAAUGCCGAGCAGAAAGAGGCGUUUGACCGCGAGUUCUCCUUCUUUGAUGCCGUCACCUCCAUCUCGGGAACCCUCCGGCCUAUUCCCAAGGAGAAGCGCCGCGCCGCCAUCCAACCGGAGCUGGAGAAGAUACGGCUGCCAGGCGACGAUGUGUAUCUGCCCACGGAUCCCAACAUGCUCGUGCGCAGCAUUAUUCUGGACAGCGGCAUUCCGCUGCAGUCCGCCAAAAAGGCGCCCAUCCUGAUUUCCUUCAUGGUGGUGCGCAAGGAUGAGGACGGGGUGGUGGACGAGCAUAACCCCGUCAAGCAGGCCUGCAUCUUCAAGGUCGGGGAUGACUGCAGACAGGACGUGCUGGCUCUGCAGGUGAUUGCCUUGCUACGGGACAUCAACAAAGCGGUGGGUUUGGAUCUCUACCUGUUCCCCUACGGCGUACUCCCCACGGGGUACGAGCGCGGCAUCAUUCAAGUCGUCCCCAACACGCGCAGUCGCAACCAGAUGGGCGACGUCACGGACGGCGGUCUCUUUGACAUCUUCCAGAACGAGUUUGGCGCUGUGGGAUCUGCUGCGUUCGAGCGUGCGCGGCAUAACUUUAUCAUCAGCAGUGCGGCGUAUGCGGUGGCGAGUCUGCUGCUGCAGCCCAAGGACCGGCACAAUGGGAACCUGCUUGUUGACAACGACGGCCGGCUGGUGCACAUAGACUUUGGGUUCAUCCUCGAGACGUCGCCAGCUGGCAACCUGCGAUUCGAGAGUGCGCAGUUCAAGCUGAGCCACGAGAUGACGCAGAUCCUCGACCCCUCAGGCGACCUCAAGAGCGAGCCCUGGCACCGCUUUGUCGGCUACAUGGCAUCACUAGAGUCACGCCCGUUUGUGACAAAGGGGAUCACAGCCGGCUUGCUCAACGCACUUGCAGACCUUUUCUGCCAGGUUGUCGUGGAAAAAGACUCAUCUAUUGAUAUCCGACGGCUGGGAGGCUUCGCUGCCAUUGGAUUAUUCAUUGUCGGCCCCGCUUUGCACAUCUGGUACGGCCUGCUUGGAAAGUUCAUUCAGAUUGAGGGUUUCAAAGGAGUGCUUGCUCGAUUGCUCAUUGACCAGGUGAUAUUUUCCCCGUUAUCAAUUGCCACAUUUGUGGGGCUGGUGCUGCUGCUGGAGGGCAAGCCAGAGCGCGUUGUGCCUAAGCUGGAGAAGGAUUUUGUGCCAACAUGCAUCAACAUGUGGAAGCUCUGGGUGCCUUUUCAGCUGUUCAACUUCGCCCUUGUGCCUCCACAAUUACAGGUUGGUGCUGUGAAUCUCGUGGGCCUGGUGUGGACCGUCUACAUGUCCUUUGCAAGCCACAAUGAUGUUAGUGCUACAAUCCUUAAAUCCGCGCGUGCAAUGGCGGGGGGUGGACUGCGCGUGGACGUGUCGAGAGACGAAGGCGACGAGCAUGCGGAGGGGACGGCGCAGCCCAAGGCGAGAUUCUCCGGCGGGUCGCCGUCGGGCGAGUCGUCGCUGGUGCAGCAGCGCUUCCCGUCGUCCAAGAUGAAAGUCGACGAGCUCUUCAUUCAAUGGCUCUCGCUGCCCGAAUCGCAGAAGCUGGUGAUGUCAUUAUUGGAAGACGCCAAAGCAGGCCGCCCGCUAAUUGCCCCCGGGGGGCCCAACUCCCACAGCGCAAGCGGAAGCCUCUCCCCGCUCUCCCCCACAAGCGCGUCGUCUCUCUUCGGCGCAACCCCCCCGCUCUCCCCGCGGAGCGACAAGCCGAUGUCGCCCAAGUCGCCGCUGCGUCGCCAGGCGUCGGGGCUGAGCCACGCGGGGUCGCCGGUGAAGCCGCACGCGAACCGCAGCUUCGAGGCGAUUCCGCAGUUCUACUUCCCGAACGGCCCGCCCGCGACGGAGGACGUGGCGAAGCAGUGCAUGGUUAAGAUCCACCAGUUCUUCCACGAACACCCCGAGGGGCUCAACGUCGAAGCGUUCAUGGCGGUGACACAGGAGGUGUGCAACCUGCCGUCCUACUUCAACUCGGUCAUCUUCCAACGCAUCGACUCCGAAUCCACCGGCCUCAUCACCAAGGACGCGUUCAUGCGGUUUUGGGUGGACCGGCGGCUGUUGGCAGCGGACAUGGCGACUCAGAUAUUCCACGUGCUCAAACAGGACCACCAGAAUUACCUCGUGCAGGACGACUUCAAGCCCAUCAUGCGCGAGCUGUUGAACCGCCACCCUGGUCUUGAGUUUCUGCAUGACACACCCGAGUUCCAAGAAAGAUACGCGGAGACGGUGAUAUACCGCAUAUUCUACCACAUCAGCCGGUCGGGCAACGGGCGCAUCUCACUGAGAGAGCUCAAGAAGAGCAACCUCAUGCAGGCACUGCAGCAGGUGGAGGAGGAGGAGGACAUCAAUAAAGUGCUCAAGUACUUCUCGUACGAGCAUUUCUACGUGGUGUAUUGCAAGUUCUGGGAGCUGGAUUCGGAUCACGACUUCCUCAUCGACAAGGACGACCUGCUGCGCUACGGCAACCAUGCACUAACCUACCGCAUCGUCGAGCGCAUCUUUGCUCAGGUGCCCCGGCCGUUCACGAGUGGAGUGGAGGGCAAGAUGGGGUACGAGGACUUUGUGUGGUUCAUCCUCUCAGAAGAGGACAAGUCGUCUGAGCCCAGCCUCGAAUACUGGUUCCGGUGUGUGGAUUUGGACGGGGACGAGCGCAUCACAGCACCGGAGAUGCAGUACUUCUACGAGGAGCAGCUGCACCGCAUGGAGUGCAUGGCUCAGGAGCCCGUGCUCUUUGAAGACGUUGUGUGCCAAAUGGCUGACAUGAUCAAACCCGCUGUGAGCAUGAGGAAGGACUGGAGGGGGGAGAUGCUGGUGCAUUGCAUGGAGUGCAUGAGGCUGGAGCCCGUGCUCUUCGAGGAUGUUGUGUGCCAAAUGGUCGACAUGAUUAUACCCGCGAAGGAUGGAGUGAUGACACUGCGCGACCUGAAGGGGUGCCGGUUGUCAGGCAACUUCUUUAACAUACUGUUCAACCUGAACAAAUUCGUGGCAUUUGAAACACGCGAUCCUUUCCUCAUUCGACAGGAAAGAGAAGACCCCACGUUAACAGAGUGGGACCGCUUUGCUCGAGCGGAAUACAUCCGGCUGUCUAUGGAGGAUGAAGGGGAUGAUGCUUCCAACGGCAGUGCAGAGGUUUGGGAUGAGUCUCUUGAGGCUCCCUUUUGA